CUUGGCCAACCACGUCGAUUGCGAGGUCUGAUACAACACUUGCACUCGACGGCUCGCUGGCAAACCUUGGGCACAUGUAAGAACCGUGUUCUCGUGCUGUUCCCGCACUCGGCUUCCCACCUCCUCCGGGAGCCUAUAUGCUGCCCCCCACGACGUGUCGGUCCCACACACACCAUGGCCGACUCCCCACCCUCAACACCCGACACUCCACGAACUGCCUCGCCGCUACCUUCCGAGAGGGACCUCGCCCGCGCCUUUUCGCCCUCCUCGGACGAUGCGCAUACCGCCGAGAUGCAAGCUCACGCCGAGGGUGUGUGGAUGAGCGCCCCAGCGCCGAGCAUGGUGAAUGCGACGGAAUCAGCUGAGCAGGGCGUAGAAUCGAAGGGGAAGGAGAAAGCCACCAAGGGCCCCUUGAAGUUGCUGGACCUGCCUAUGGAUAUCCUGAAGGAAAUAAUACACCAGCUUCCACACACAAACGACCUCACCUCGCUCUGCCUCUGCCACUCGGCCCUCCAUCGUCUCACGAUCCCGUGCAUAUACUCGCGUUUCGACAUUGUGUGGCCGGACGAGAGCACCCACAACGAGCCUCGCGCCGGCGUGGACGCCCUUACCUAUGGCCUGGCGACACUGGUCAUGGGCGACGACUGCUUCCCCCACCAGAACCGGCUGCGACUACAGGGACAGACGCCAACUUCCAUACUGAGGACUGCCGCAAACCCAUACCCCGUACCGCAGCGGCGGUUCGGCAACUACUACGGACAGUUCACAAAGAAGUUCUCACUCGGCAAUGGACCGCAAGCAUGGGUUCAGGAGUACAUGAUUACAAAGGAAGGCGGAAAGAUGCUGGGAACGCUGGUAGCGCUUGCCAUUGCGCGUAUGGUCAACCUCGAGACAUUCGUGUGGGACAUGCCUACGGGUGUGCUUCGCGAUGUCUGGCUUGCCCUGUCAAGCCUCGCGCACAGGAGUGAUGGCGAGGAAUGCCGUCUGGACCGGCUCUGGAUACGAUGGCACGACAACACAAUCGACGCGCCAAUCCCACCACCCGCACCGCCCAUGAUACUCAACAACCAGAACUUACCUCCGCCCCCAAACACUACGCAUCCAAGCGGUCUUGGCACCGUGCAGGCUCCCAUAGUCGUAGUGCCCCCGUACGCACCGAGCAGCAUAUCUGCCCUAGAUCGAGUUGAGCACCCUACCUUUUCCGCCAUACCUGCGCUGAAGAGCUUGAGUGUCUUGGAUAUCGACGAACUGCCAUACCUCGAUGAGAUGAGCAUCCUGAUCGCAAGGUCCCAGAGGAAGCUACGCGAACUAAGAAUUGGCAUAGCUGCUCACGCACAGCAGCGAGACUGGGUGACGGUUUGGGAAGGUGAAGGUCUGCAGCAAGUCGACUACAAUGCUACAACGACGGCAGCCUCUUCAAUAGGAGAGAAGAGGCUAGGAGGUGUUCUGGGCAUCCUUGUUGGCCGCAUACACAACAUGCGCCAUUCAGAAGAGCCUCCGUCUCACAAGUCUGGCGCUACUGGUGUCACGGAGCGAUCAGUGGAAGCAACGCCGGCCAAGUCGGCCGCAUCCCUACCCCUGCCAUCUAUCGCCUCGCUCUCGUUACAAGAACGGGAUCUGGAGCAGGACGUAGACCAUUUUGGUAACCCGAUGGAAGACAACUCUAUAACGGAGGGCGUUAGUCUGUUUAGCGACAACCAGCCGAAUGGUUCUGACCAAACUGCACAGACUGCCAACACAGACAACUCGGCUUCGAAGACAUAUGCAGAGUCCCCUCCUCAUGGCGAGACCACCAAUUCACAAGACGAGCCCCUACUGACUGGCAAACUGAAGCUAGAAGUCUUGGAACUCGAACGCGUUCCUCUCUCCGUCCCUGUUCUUCGCAGAGCCUUUGACUGGUCGAUUCUGUCGACAUUGACUCUUCUCCAUUGUAGCAACCACGAACAACUGUGGAAGAUACUGCGAAGGACAUAUACCCCUCGUCCCCCUUACCCCGGCUCACCAUCUUCGUCCAAGGCGUACAAGGCGUCUUACACUCUCCGGACAGAGUAUCAACUCAACCUCAAGCGAAUUCACACCAAUACCGUGUCCCCAUCGCUGAUCACUUUCCUUAAAGAAACACUGGCGCCCAAUAGUCUUGAGGUGCUCUUCCUUCAAGAAGGCCGGUCUUACUCGUCUACGGUGACAGUAGACGCAAUCUACAAGGGGCCGUUGAAGAGACACCGAGGUAGUCUGAAGAAAUUAAUGAUUGACAGUGGUGAGAAAGGACCAGACGGACAUACGAGUGCUAGUUCGAGAUGGAGACGAUGGAUGCUCAACCGUGAGAUUCUGACAUACAUAACAAGCGGUCGUAUGAACAGCCUGCGAGAACUCGCAGUGUCUAUCGAUUACAAGGAUUGGCAUCACUUUCUUCAGCGUCUUCCGUACAUCCCUCAUAUUCGCUCUCUUUAUAUUCCCUUUAUUGCAGACCACGCACAUGGCAGCAACAUAGAUCCGCGCGAGCUCGCCUACCAGAUUCUCGACAUUGUGCAUCUGCGACCGGAAAUCGAGCUCUGCUACAUGGGUCUGUCUACUAAGUGCUUCGAGAUACUGGAGAACCGGCCAUCGAACUAUGAUCUACGGCACGAUGGUAUGCACGCUGAUGGUAGCGGCUCUGCCUACGCAACACACGAUCCCAUGCUUUCUGACGACGAGAGCGAAGCCACGGAAGACGAAGAUGACGACGACAUGGACGAAGGCGCUAUGCCGCCUGGUGGUGACGACACAGAGAGCGAAGCGAGCGAUGAUGUGGAUGUGGAAAGCGAUGACGAAUCGUUUGUGCAAGACUCGCAGAGAGGCCCAAAGUUACGUGUUCGAGAGAUACUCUUCUACGAGGAACGAGUCGAGGCGUUCAGAAGGCGGCACGGCGUACUAAGGCCUUGAGAUGAUGGGAUUGAUACGACAGGUAUGGUGUUAUAUAGUGUUACUGCGUCAUUUACUAUGUGCAUGGAAUGGAGCAUGAAAGGGAAUGGAGUAGGACG